AUGCCAGCUUCCGUCACUGCCGGCCAGCAAGGUUCUCUACGAGUGGCGCUUCAGCGACUUGGCGAAAUCAAAGCCACCAGCGGAAUUUCCAGUCGAUCAUUUGCUCUGAAAUCACAUCUUGCUGGAGCUACAGUCAUGAGCUCCUCGUCCGAGAAUUCUCAGCGCGCCCCAUGGCGUGACCUGCUUGAUUCGCAACUCAAGCAAACCCCAGGCUACGAAUUCACGGUGGCUACAAUCGGAUACGAUUCGCAACAACGGCCUGUGCCACGCCUGCGAACAUGCGGCUGUCGCGGCUUUUUCCCGGAACUUAAGCUCCACCCCAAGGGCCAAGAAGCCAUGGACCAGCAGGUGGAGAAUGGGGGCAAUCCAUCCGUAUACGAGAGCGAUAUGCUUACGUUCACGACCGAUUCUCGGAUGGAAAAGCUACCUCAACUGGAGUCUUCGGGGCAUGCCAUUGAGGCAGUCUUCUGGCUGAAGGAUUUGAUGACUCAAUGGCGCAUCAAAGGCACUGCUUAUGCAAUUGGGAACCCACAGGGAGAGGAUGCUGAGGUUGAAAGAAACUCCCGACAAGAAAUCGAAAAGGCUCUGAGGAUGACAGCACCAGACAACGAUUCUUCGACAUGGACGUGGGAAAAGGCUGUUACAAAGUAUUUUGCAAAUCAUUCACCUGUUGCACGAGGCUCCUUCCGCAAUCCCCCUCCUGGGCAGCCCAGAAAUUCCAAUCCCAGUAACUCAGAUCUCAAUUUGGGGCAGAAAAUAACCGAUUUACAAGAUCCUGCAGCCCGUGCCAACUUCCGGGUGGUCGUCAUCAAGCCUGAGGAGGUUGAAAGACUAGACCUAACAGAUCAAGAAAACGGCAGAAGAUGGAACUGGAAGAUCGCCAGUACCCAGGAUACUACUAGUCAGUGGAAUGAGACUGAGUUGUGGCCAUGA